AUGGUGGCGAGGAUACUGGGAGCCGCCGUUCUCCUCUGCAUGGCAGAUGUUCUCCAUGCCUUUGCAAUCGAAGAGAAAGGAGAUGUGUUCAGGAGGACGGAUUGUCCCGCGUUCCUGGUGUUUGACAGCGCUGCCUACUUGGCCGACAUGACCUUCGAGCUCCCCUGCAAGUGCAAGCCUGAAGAGGUCUCGGAGGUCGUCUGGUACUUCCAGAAGGAGAUGGGCAGCCACCAAACCAGGGUCCUGACGGACUUGGCCGGCACCGUGAUUGUCGACUCAGCCCAUGUCCAAGCGGGCAGCGACGUGCUGAAGCGUUUCAGCCUCCGCAUGUUCAGUCUCAUUGUCUUCCGUGCCCAGGUGACGGACUCGGGCCACUACAUCUGUGGCACCAAGAAAGGGGAAUACUUCUCCGGCUACGACGUGGAUGUGCAGCCCACCGAGCACAUCACGGUGGCUUUUUUGGACAGAGGCCAGCAUGUCCAGGACGACGUCCAGGCGAAGCUCUUCAGCCUUUUCACCACCUUCUGGGACUGGACCGUGUGUGACCGCUGCGGGGUGAGGGGCGAGCAGCGGCGCAUCGGGCUCUGCUACGUGCAGAGCAACUGGCUGAACCCUCGCUACCGCACCACCCUGCCCAACGUCACCUCCUGCGGCUCCAGGGCUGUCCCCGCACGUUUGCAGCACAUUGGCCACCUCCGGCAGCCCGAGGUGGCCAUCCGAAGCUGCCUGACCCCUUGCGGCGUGAGGGUGGCUGCCUUCCGGCUCAGCGUGUUCUUCCAGCCCCGCCGCCAGCGGAGACUCAGCGACCCCGAGACGAUCUUCGCCAUCAAGGGCAUUGGCAUAUGCUACGCCGCCAUCACCAUCGUCUUCGUUGUCGUCCACGUGGCCCGUUGCGGCUGGCGGCUGUUCAAGCGGGAGAUCAGUCACCCUGCCAGGAUAUAG